CACGUUACCCUCAACAGCCCCCCAUUUCCCAACACCACAAUGAAAUUAUCUCCGCUUUCUUUAUCCACCACCCUCUCUCCUCCUCCUCCCCCGCAACUACUUCACAAUCAUCGGCGGUCAAUUUUCUUUCAAUCGUUCAAGGUCCGAGCCUCUUCUUCUCCGGCGAACUCCUUCUCGAAUCACCGAGUCGUUGUUACGAGAGAACGUGGCAAAAACGACAAGCUCAUCGCUGCUCUUGCAAAACAUGGGAUCAACAGUUUGGAGCUUCCUCUAAUUCAGCAUACACAGUUGCCUGAUCUGGAGAAACUUGUUUCUCUCUUGAGUGCCACUAGUUUUGAUUGGAUCAUCAUAACUUCACCAGAAGCAGCUCUGGUUUUUCUUCAAGCAUGGAAAGCUGCUGGGACCCCAAAUGUGAAGGUAGCUGCAGUUGGAACUGGUACAGCCACCAUAUUUCAUGAAGCUACACCUUCAUCUAAGCAGUUUAUUGAAGUUGCCUUUACUCCAUCAAAAGCAACUGGCAAGGUUCUUGCUUCAGAGCUUCCAAAGCAAGGGAAUGAAAGAUGCAGUGUUUUGUAUCCUGCUUCUGCAAAAGCUGGUCAUGAUAUAGAGGAAGGUCUUUCUAAGCGUGGAUUCCACAUCACAAGAUUGAAUACUUACACAACGGAACCUGUACAACAUGUGGAUCAAACGAUUCUACAACAAGCACUCUCUGCUUCUGUAGUUGCAGUUGCAUCACCUUCUGCAGUUGGUGCUUGGGUGGAUCUUCUACCUGAACCACAGACAUGGGAGGGUUCUGUUGCAUGCAUUGGUGAAACCACUGCUUCAGCUGCUAGAAAAUUAGGCUUAACAAAUGUAUAUCACCCAUCUACCCCUGGUCUUCACGGAUGGGUUGAAACCAUUUUUGAUGCUUUACGUGUACAUAAUCAUCUCUCAAAUGUCUAA